AAUCCGUGGUUUAAAAAAUAAAUAAAGCGAUACCGGAUUCUAACACAAAAUUCCGAAACUAGUGAAGACAAGUGCCUUUAAAUUCCCCGUCGCACAAACACAAUCUCAAAUCAUUUUUCUUACGGAACCUCUCACUCACUCACUCACUCGUAAGGUAAUCAAUCAACCAUGGUGCUCUUCAAUGUCUCCCGUAUUGAAACUACUCCUUUCGAUGGACAGAAGCCUGGAACCUCUGGUCUCCGCAAAAAGGUGAAAGUCUUUGUGCAAACUCAUUACCUUGAAAACUUUGUUCAGGCAUCAUUCAAUGCACUAACUGAAGAAAAAGUUAGAGGUGCAACACUAGUUGUAUCUGGUGAUGGUCGUUAUUACUCGGAGCAAGCAAUUCAGGUUAUAACUAAAAUGGCUGCAGCAAAUGGAGUUAGACGUAUUUGGGUUGGUCUAAAUGGGUUGCUUUCAACUCCUGCAGUAUCUGCUGUUAUACGUGAAAGAGUUGGGGUUGAUGGAUCCAAGGCAACAGGAGCAUUUAUACUGACAGCAAGUCACAACCCUGGCGGUCCUAAUGAGGAUUUUGGGAUUAAAUAUAACAUGGAAAAUGGUGGACCUGCACCAGAGGGAAUUACCAACAAAAUAUAUGAAUACACAACAACAAUCAAGGAGUACUUGAUUGCUCCAGAUCUGCCAAAUGUGGAUAUCACCACAGUAGGUGUCACAAACUUUACAGGGCCUGAAGGACCAUUUGACGUUGAGGUUUUUGAUUCAGCAAGCGAUUAUAUAAAGUUGAUGAAGUCAAUUUUUGACUUUGGAUCUAUCAGGAAACUGCUGUCAUCUCCUAAAUUCACAUUCUGUUUUGAUGGGUUACAUGGAGUUGCUGGAGCUUAUGCAAAGCGUAUUUUUGUGGAUGAACUUGGAGCACAAGAAAGCUCUUUGCUGAACUGUGUACCAAAGGAAGACUUUGGUGGGGGACACCCAGACCCCAAUUUGACAUAUGCAAAAGAAUUGGUUGCUCGUAUGGGGUUGGGAAAAUCAGAAUCAGAAGGUGAGCCCCCGGAGUUUGGUGCUGCUGCUGAUGGUGAUGCAGAUCGCAACAUGAUACUUGGUAAAAGGUUUUUUGUCACUCCUUCGGAUUCUGUGGCCAUUAUCGCUGCAAAUGCUGUUGAAGCAAUACCAUACUUUUCUGCUGGCUUAAAGGGAGUUGCCAGGAGCAUGCCAACCUCCGCUGCCCUGGAUGUUGUAGCCAAACAUCUGAAUUUGAAAUUUUUUGAGGUCCCCACAGGUUGGAAGUUCUUUGGUAAUUUAAUGGAUGCUGGAUUGUGUUCAGUUUGCGGUGAAGAAAGUUUUGGGACAGGUUCGGAUCACAUUCGUGAGAAGGAUGGAAUCUGGGCAGUUUUGGCCUGGCUAUCUAUACUUGCAUAUAAAAAUAAAGAUAAUAUUGAAGACAAGCUUGUAACAGUUGAAGACAUAGUUCGCCAGCAUUGGGCUAAGUAUGGGCGCCACUAUUAUACUCGAUAUGACUACGAAAAUGUGGAUGCAGGUGCAGCAAAGGAAUUGAUGGCACAUUUAGUCAAACUGCAGUCCUCACUUUCAGAAGCCAAUGGGAUUGUUAAGGGGGCAAGUUCAGAUGUUUCAAAUGUUGUCCACGGCGAUGAAUUUGAAUACAAUGAUCCUGUGGAUGGUUCCAUUUCAUCACAUCAGGGCAUCCGAUAUUUGUUUGAGGAUGGAUCCCGAUUGAUUUUCCGCCUCUCUGGAACUGGAUCAGAAGGUGCAACUAUUAGACUAUACAUUGAGCAAUAUGAGAAGAAUCCAUCAAAGAUCGGGAGACUUUCACAUGAAGCACUUGCUCCUCUUGUGGAGGCUGCAUUGAAACUUUCAAAGAUGGAAGAGUUCACCGGUCGAUCUGCUCCCACAGUCAUCACAUAAAUACAUUACUUCCGAAACCAAGUCAUUUCUUAUUGUUAAAUCUUCAUCCAAUGUUAAUUUUGAGUAGCCUACCUGUACUGUUGGUUGUUUUCGGCCCCUAUAUAUAGGCACUUGAGUGGAAUUUGUAUUACUUAACUAAAUUUUGAUGUGAUAAAUAAUUUGAAACUGCUGAGUUCUGAUAUUAUAUAUAUA